AUGGCGGUGCGGAUGAUUCAGAAGGUGCAGGCGGUUCAUCUUGCGUCUGACGCUUUCCUGGUUUGUCUCAACCACGCCCUGAGCACAGAGAAAGAGGAGGUGAUGGGUCUGUGUAUAGGGGAGUUGCAUGGUGAUGCGAGGAGUGACUCCAAAUUUACAUUCGCCGGAACUGAGGGGCGCGCAGUUGCGGAAACGAUGGAUACCACCAGAAUUGUUCACAUCCAUUCCGUCAUUAUCUUGCAACGUUCUGACAAGACAAAGGACCGAGUCGAAAUUUCUCCAGAGCAACUGUCUGCAGCCUCAAUCGAGGCAGAAAGGUCAGCUGAACAAACAGGCCGUCCCCUGAGAAUUGUUGGCUGGUAUCAUUCCCACCCUCAUAUCACCGUUUGGCCUUCCCAUGUCGAUGUCCGUACACAAGCCAUGUACCAGAUGAUGGAUCAAGGCUUCGUAGGACUGAUUUUUGCUUGUUUCAUAGAAGACAAAACCACAAAAACCGGUCGGGUACUCUACACAUGCUUCCAAGCUAUACAAGACCCAAAGAGCUCAGAAUAUGAGAGAAUUGAAAUCCCAAUUCAUAUCGUACCUCAUACCACCAUUGGGAAAGUAUGCCUCACAUCAGCAGUAGAGCUGCCGAGGAUCCUGUGUCAGGAGGAACAAGAUGCUUAUAGGAGGAUUCACAAACUUACACAUCUGGACUCCUUAACCAAGAUCCAUAAUGGCUCGGUAUUCACCAAGCAUUUAUGCAGUCAAAUGUCUGCCAUCUGUGGACCUCUUCUGCAAUGGUUGGAGAACAGACUAGAGCAAAACCAGCAGCAUUUGCAGGAGUUGGAACAAGAAAAGGAAGGCCUUAUGGAGGAGCUGUCUUCCCUAGAAUAA